AUGGGUAAUAUUUGUGGAAAAUCAGGUUCGUCAGAGCCAAAGGUAAAGAAGACCGAUAGAACUGCUGCACCACCAGCAGCCAAUACCGCCAAACAGGCACCACAACAAUCAGCUGCCGCCAGACCAGCUGAACCAGCAGCUGCAGCUCCAGCAUCGGCAGCAACUUCACCAAGCACAGCAGUCUCACCAAAAUCAGUUGCACCAACACAACCAACCACUACUACCACUACAAACAACACUUCAGGUUCAAGCGGACAAUCCUCAUCGUCGCCAGCAUCAUCGGGACCAACAACAAAAACCGUAGAGAUCGACAAGGAACUUCACAAGUAUGUCAUCGGUACAAAGGGAGCCAACAUCAAGGAGAUCAAAGAACAGACCGGUGUCACUGCCAUCGAUAUUCCAGAGAGUGGAAACACCAUCUCAGUUACCGGUCCAUCGGGUGCCGCCGUUGACAAUGCCAUCGCCAGAAUCGAGCGUGUCAAAUCCGAGCACAAGACACAAUCACAAAAGGAUAAGGAAUACAAGGAUAUGCGUGACGGACACGAAGCCGAGAGCCAACGUACCGAUGCGCUCUACAAGAAGUACCAAGUGGAGGUCGACAAACACGCUCAGAAGCGUUCAGAGUUGUUCGAGGAGGCCGACCGUGAGUACAACGCCGGAAACAAAGACCGUGCCAGAGAGUUGCGUGAACAAGCCAAAAACGAGACCACCCUCAUGGAGGAGGCUCAAAAGAAAGGAGCCCGUGAGGUUUUCAACGACAAGAACAAGAAUCUCGACGACUACACAAUCGAUCUCCACGGAUUGCAGACCGCACCAGCUUUGGAAUUCGUUGAGGAGCGUAUGGAGAAAUUGAAAUCGAAUCCCGCCAACAAAGGUAAACAAUUUACUAUUAUCACAGGUGCUGGUAAUCACAGUGAUGCAAAUGGCCCCAAAAUUAAGCCACUCAUUCACAAGACACUCAAAGAACGUGGAAUCGCUUAUGAAGAAGUUAAUAACGGUUCAAUUUCUUGCACUCUUUAA